ACAUGUGUGCAAGUGUAGGAGAAUAAUAUGCACCUUAUUUAUUGCCCCUUAAAUAACUUCUAGCCAUGCUAAUGCGCAACAAGUGGCUGGGUGGUUGGCUAAUGCACUUAAUGCUAUUUUUCAAUUUCCCUUUUUGUCAUCUUCUUCAACUUCCCUUUUUGUCAUCUUCUUCAACCUUCUUCAAAACUUUUUUAGUUUUAUCCCCUUCUUAGAAGCUGUCAACCUCCACCAUUCUUGCACUUCUAUUCCUCAUCAAUCUUCAAUGAAAUUUUGUGGAUUUUGCAUCAACAUGACUAGGUUCUUCCUAAAAAGCACACUUUUGUGUUGAUUCGUCAUCAAGAACCUUUAGAUUGUGGUUUCUUGAACCAUGAGAUUAUGGUAGAGUGUAUUUCACUAGCUAUCCACUUGGUUAAGGGUGUGAGAUUUCCGUUGGCUUUAUUGAUAUUAUGUACACUUUAUCAUAUGGUUGACUUGCUUCAUUCUGAUGAAAUUCUUGGUGCUAGUUAUUCUAUCAUCGAGACGUAUUUGUGUUUGUCUUUGCUACAAAUGUUUGCAUGGGAGAGAUUUCAUUCAUACCACUUUGGUCAUGUUGCCAAAGGGAAAGCCUUGAAGGAAUACCUUUUGGCGAUGUGUGGUUACACUAGUGGGACAGCUCCGUUAACUUACUCUUGGAUAGGAAAAAGAAAGGUAAAAGGGCAAGUCCUAGAGGCUGAUGGCUUUCUUGAUGACCAUGGCAACUUCAACUUUCACACAUACAAGACAAUGCUAGGGGCUCUACCUAAGCCAUCUAGAGAUGCUCGAAGUGACUGUACCAUUCAUGCUGCCAUGCAUUACAUGGUGGGGAACAUGGGGCCUAGAGUGUUAUUGCCUAAACAGAGUUACGAGGUGGUAAUUGAUGAUGCUGGAGCUGAAGGUGAAGCCAACGAAGUUGUCCCUUCAAAGAAACCAAUCCUGGGUAAAAGGAAAAGUGUAGCCUAUCCACCCAAAAGCAAAGCGCAAAGGAUUUCUACUUCGUUAGCCAACAAGCAAAGCAAGGCUACAGCACCCAUGCCCUCCAAUGGUAAAAACUACCAAGGAGAAAAGGACGGGUGAUGAUAGUGAGAACAACAAGAGUUCUUAGGGUGAGCCAAAUCCUAAGGUGAUUGAGCGAAUCAAGAGAUUGAGACCUGUUUGUGGAGGUAAGCACUUGGGUGAGAAGUACUAUGAUUCGAGCGCUUUGCUUCAGCUAUGUAUAUGCUAGAUUUUUCCCUUGUGUGCUAUGAUUGUUGUUGACCUCACUAAGAAUCCUCCAAUAUAUGGGUUAAUGUUUG